GGGGAGGGGCUGGUCACUGCAUACUAAUCUGUACCACCACACAAACAAUCAGCAGCCCGGAUGCAGGUCAACCUCAGCUAGGCUGCCAAGGGCCCAAACACUGACACAUGCAAGACAUACAUGUAUUGAAGCUAUAGAUCUCGACAAGCACAGAUAGAUCUCGACAACAGAGGCAAAAACUGAGGAAUCUACAUGCACACAAUGCGAUUAUUCGUUCCUCUGGUAUCCACUCUUGCACUUCUGGACGUAUGCAUUCUCCUUGCAACUCCAGCUGCUGCAGCUCCAUGCAUCUACGUCACUGGACACGCAUCAGUGGCACAACGGAAUGUCUGUCUGAGCAUUACUGACGCUUUACAGUUUAUAAAUCAGAGCAAUGUGCAACUAAUGUUCGAACCUGGACUGCAUGUCUUGCGAAAUACAAGCACUGGAGUUAUUCAUGGUUUUAAUGGAACCGUUUUUCGAGGUAUGGGAUCCAACGUUACUCUCACUUGUGAAGAUAAUAUUGGACUGGUUUUUCUGCAAUCGAAUCAAUUGACAAUUCAAGACUUAACGAUUACAGGAUGUUCCAUGGGAGCCGAUCAAUUGGCAACUGUUACAGAACAUGCUGAAAUGACUUUCGAACAAGUUAUAACAAUUCCAAAUGAUUUAAACGUUGGACUGUUGAUUGCCGAUAGCCGUGAUGUAAGAAUUGAAAGUGUUGAUAUCUCUAGAAUGAAUGGAAUUGGAUUGGUUGGGCUUAACUUGUUGGGAGAGACGAGAAUCAGUGGUGUCAAAUUCACAUCAAACAAACCAAUCACAGCAAGUUGUCCACCACUUGAUAUUCGUUCUAACAAUACUGACAGUAUUGCAGGUGGUAUGUUCCUCCUGUAUCAAGACUAUCAACUGGAUACACCAUCUCAACCUGAUACUCAUAACAACCUGACAAUUUUGAAUUGCCGAUUCUUUGAUAAUGAGGACUGCAGUGAUGUAUGGGUGCCGGAAAUAUUCAACGAUCGAACAGGCCAAUUGGAUUACAGCUUUGGUGGAGGUGGUGGCAUGACACUAAUGAAUGCACAAACUCACUACUCUGUUCGCUCGCUCAUCCAGAGCUCAAAUUUCCAAUCCAAUAUCGCAAAAUUUGGCAGCGGAGCUCAUAUUGGAUUUUUUACUGGGUCUGGAAAUAGCACUGUCGUCUUCAACAAGUGUACUUUCUUGAACAAUGGAAACAUGGAGCAAUAUUAUAGCGGAGGGGGCAUUGCUGUGCUUGUGGACCUGAUUCGACCUAACGGGACACGACCUGAUAAGAGGAGUCUAACAGAUCCCCUUCUGACAGUAACCGACACAAACUUUACUGGGAACUCGGCGUUUUACGGAGGUGGCUUGUACGUCUACACUCUCACUGGCAGUGGCGAUAUCAAGGUACCGACAUCGUUCAAAAUUGAUCGUUGUAAUUUCAGAGAGAACAGAGCUCCAGCUGCAUCAGCGGCCUUGGUAUUCAACCGUGAAGGAAGUAUCUUCAACGCCCUGUCUCGGACUGAAAUUAUCGAUAGUUGCUUUGACAAUAAUGAUGCUAAUUUUGAGGAGGCUGGUGAAAAAAACUUGAUUGUGGGUGUGACGUUUCUCACUCGUGGAGGGGACGUAGUUCUCAGAGGAAACACUCUAUUCAAUGGCAAUUUAGGAUCUGCUCUAACCAGUUCACAGGCCAAUAUUAUUAUUGAUGGCGAUAUCACCAUAGCGAAUACAACAGGAUUUGUCGGCUCGCUACGGCUGACCGAUCUUGCAAAGUUAAUUCUUAAACGGAACUCGGUACUCACUUUCACGGGGAACGCUGCUGCCAUAUAUGGAGGUGCAAUAUACGAGGGAUCGCAAGGAAGCCAUUUGAGAUAUGCCCAACAAGGCUGCUUUCUGUAUUUUGAACAAGUCAAUACGCUGCCCGAAAUUGAGACUUGUCCUGAUUUUGCAAGUCUGAAUGUUACAAUGAUCUUCCAUGACAAUCGAGCCAUUUUGGGAACUAACAUAUAUGGGUCGUCUCUAGAGAAAUGUAGCUGGGUGCACUGUCUAAGAAAAAUUCCUGGAAACAGUGACCUUACAAUUCUGAAGGCCCUAGAACAUAUAAACAUCGCUAGUGUAACCAGAACACAAAACGAAUCAUCAUUGGAAGUAUCCACUCUCCCUUCUCGAAUUAAUAUCAUUAAUUACACAGAGGAGCAUGUAAUGCCUGGACAAGAAUUUCUUGUAAAUAUAAUAGUUUAUGACGACCUUGAUCAGUCCAUCAGCUCGGGCCUUGGCUCUACAAUACGGAAGAAGGAUACAAUCGUUAAUGAAAACAAGGCCUUUUCUAGACUGGGUCCGAAUGGAUUCCAGUUUGUAGAUCGUUCCUUUAAUAAUUCCACUGUAUCUCGUAUACCCGUCACCAUUACCGGAAAUCAAAAUCAGAAACUUACCGUGUUCGUUGGCUCGACUGAUGAAAGCUCUAAUGCCAUUGGCUCUUUUAACAUCACGCUGACUGACUGCCUUCUGGGUUUUCGUUACGACUCCGAUAAACAGUCAUGUGUUUGUCAGCCAGUAUUUGAUUUGGCUGGUGUGAAGUGUCGAGCAGAGUCCGGUAUUAUAACACUCUACAAUGAUACAUGGGUAGGGCUAGUGCAGGAUGGCAACGAGUCGCGACUAGGCUACACAAGGUGUACGGUAAACUUUUGCAAAGUUGGCGAUAUAAAUAUCACAAAAGAUAAUUUUAACCAACGUUGUAAAGACUCACUGAAUCGUGAGGGGGUGGGCUGUGGACAAUGUAGGGCAAACUUUAGCAGUACUUUUGGAUCUAAUCAAUGUUUGGAAUGUACAAACUACUAUCUGUUCUUAAUAAUCGCAUUCAUAGCUACUGGCAUAGGAACUAUGUUUGUACUGUCUUUUUUUCGAAUCAGCAUCGCAGAAGGCUACCUAAACAGUGUUUUGUUUUAUUCCAAUAUCAUCGAUUUGUUUGCCGUGUUCUUGGUGCCCCCCAAUUCCUCCUAUAUCAAUGCAUUCAUUCCUUUGUUUUGGAUCAGUCAGAAUCUUGGAAUACAAGCCUGCUUCUUCGACGGUAUGACUACACUUGAUGCAUACGGUCUGAGGUUUGCCUACGUUGCGUACCUGCUCAUAUUGAUGGUACUAGUUAGCCUGCUGUCACGCUUUAUUCAACUACCUACAAGUUUCACAUAUUCACCUACUAAAGUGUUCGCUACUUUAUUGAUACUAUGCUAUAUCAGCCUCCUUGAAACCUGUGUGAGCAUUUUCGCAUUUCAAAAGGUCAACCUAGAUAAUGGUAAAGUACUGAUUAGCUGGUAUUAUGACCCGAAUGUUAUCUAUUUUGAAGGUAUCCAUGGUGUCCUCUUUGCGUUAGCAGUUAUAACUAUGGUUGUAUAUGUUAUUCCUUUCCCAAUCUUAAUACUGUCUCCAAAACUUAUACUGAGAAGCAAAUUUUUCGAUCGAUUCAAACCUCUUUUGGAUCCAUUUUGGGCUCCACUAAAACCUGGUUAUGAAUGGUGGGUGGCCUUUCGUCUUGUGCUCAGAUGGAUUCCAGUUUUCCUUAAUGUUUUCCUCACUUCUUUGCUAUCCAUAGUAUGGACCCUUUACAUUUUAGGUUUUUGUCUCAUAUGCCUACUCUUCAUGCAAACAAAGCUGCAGCCAUUUUCUGGCUCAUCCAGAAAUUUGUUUGAUGAUCUACUGCUAACUAACCUAGUACUAAUAAUGACUGGAAGUGUUCCACUUCUAAGUAGUUUUGGUGCUUCUGCGUCCGGGGCGGUGUUGCCAAUUGUGUUUGUUUCACUAGCCUAUGUUGUGUUUUUGGUGAUUCUUAUAUUCCAAAUCGACCAGACCCAUCCUGAUAUAAGGAAUCGUUUUUCGAAAUGGCUAAAGAAAAAGAAGGCACCUGCUCCCGAGGUCAGUGAUAGUCGUAACGAGUCUCCUAGCAACGAGAAUGUCACCCACUCCGAAGUGGUGGUAUCACCACGGUGUAAAACAAAGGGAUCAAUUCGUUUUGCAUCACCAGAUGCAGACGAGGUAUUGUGCGAUCGACGAUUUGUCUCUUAUCGAGAGUCUCUUCUUGGUGAUGAAGAAGAGAAUAACAAAGGAUUUCUGAGCUCCAUUAAUAAGUCAACCAUCGAGACAUCUGUUUGAACAGUAUAAAUGUACUGUGUAUAAUUGCAUGCAUGUGCUGUGCGUUCAUAUAAAUUAUUUAUUGUACUAGCCUACUAGUACAAUUAUAUCUUGCCAAUUAAUAUUGGGAGUACAUACAUGUAAUCUGUUUUGCAUAAUUAUGUAUUCAUAUAUACCGGGUACAAUGAGAUUCAUUGCACACAGGAAAUUAUAAAUUUCCUGGGGGCCGGGCUGAACUAGCUGCUAUUUGCAGAGUCAGUAUAUAUAGAAUGCCCAGAGAGCCCUAUAGUAUAUAUAUAUAUACGUAGCUAGCUAGCUACACAGACUGCAAUGGAUGGAAGCCUAUUGCUCAUUCUUAUUUUAAGUUGCAUGCAGACUGCAAUCUCCAUCAUAACAGUAUGUCCACCACCUGCACUAGACAGCAACAAGUCAGAAAAAGACAGUGACAGCUUGAGUCUCACCCAAACAUUGUUGAACAUUCCACAGGACGGUUCUCCUUUCAGAGAAAUCUGUCUACAGCCGGGAGAGUAUACACUAGAGAAAGUGAUCCCGGCCUUUUCAGUUUCUGGAAUAAGUUUAAUCGGAAACAGCGAAAAUGCUUCUGAAGUGAUUGUCUCUUGCGAUAAAAUGAGUGGUCUUAUGUUCACGAUGACUAACAAUAUCACAAUUGCCAACUUAACGAUUUCCGGUUGUAGUCAGAUUGUAGAAAACACUCAUUUUGGUAACAUUACUACAGCUCUUUAUAUCGAUGAUUGCGAUGACGUCACGAUCUCGAAUGUUGUGAUAGCUAACACUAAGGGAGUUGGACUGUUCGCCAUUAAUCUCCAUGGAAACUGUGUUUUUGAGGGAGUUGUCUUUGAGAACAAUACAGGUGUAAGUUCUACUAGUGGAGGAGCCUUUCUAGUCUUCCAGGACGAUUAUGACACAAGUAAAGGUUUGCGUAACAACACUGUGGAAUUUUCUAAUUGCACUUUCGAAAGGAAUUCAGUUGCUUCAAUCGUGGAUAAUGAUGUUAUGAAUGGUGGUGGUGGUCUUAAAGUGGUAUUAUCGCAAGUGAGUUAUCAGGUUAAUUUACGGUUGAGUUCCUCCCAUUUUUACGCUAACUCUGCCAAGUAUGGUGCUGGAUUAUUAAUUGCCAUAACAACUCUCACUAAUAAGCCUAUUCUGUACAAUAGCUGGCCCUGGGGUGUUUCCUGGAACAUUUCCAUUGAAGGAUGUUUGUUUGAUAGUAACCGUGCGUCAGUUGGAGCUUCUGCUUUACUUGUGUACAAAGAUGAAGUAUGUGCGAUUGCCUUUAAUCGGUUUGUAAUCUCUGAUUGUGUAUUCAUUGAUAACGUUGCCGCUAGCAAUAGCUUACCCACGCUAGGUCCCAUGCGUCUCAAAGGCACCACGGUUAGUAUCCAGUAUGUGAACAUUUCCUUACAAGGCAUUAAUGAAUUUACUCGCAACCACGGUACUCCAACGGAAAUUAUCAGUAGUGAACUUUCAAUUUGUGGUGAUGUUCAUGUGUUUGGUAAUGAGGGGAUACACGGUAGUGGUUUUAGGCUACUAGGAACCGCUACCAUUUUGUUGUAUUGGCAUGGCAAUUCUUUGCUGAAUUUCACUGGAAAUAGUGAUCUGUCUGCUGAUGAUGGGGCGGUGAUAUACGUAGGACCAGCAGAUGAUAGGCAUGGCUUUAUGACUGGGGAAGACUAUGAUCCUUGUUUCAUUAAUUUUGAUAUGGAGCCGGGUGAUUGUAGCAACUUCAAUGCUGUUGUUACACCAAUUGUUAAUUUCAAUUACCAUAGUAAUGAGGGAUUUGCCGUCUUUGGUUCAACUCUAAAAAAUUGUUUGUGGGCAGAGUGUCUACUGAAUAUAAAAGGUGGUGAGUCUGCUUAUGGUGGUUUGACUGACAAAGGAAUCUUUGACUUUGGUAAUAGUACUGCUAAAAAUUUUUCAACUUUGGUUAACAGUAUCCAAUUGUGUACAGCUGGUAAUGUAUCAGUAAUGCCAGGGCAACUAUUUCAAAUGCGAGUUAAAUUAUUGGACAGAUUCACCCAAUCAGUAACUGGUAUUGUGAAUGCAGCUGUUGUACAAGGAAACGCAAGUAUUGUGAGUAAUGCCAUUGGACCAUGGUUUGUUAGUGAUACUGGCACGGCUGUAGUGUCCCUUUCUCUACAAGGUAUACCAGAUCAGACUGUAACGCUAUCCAUAUAUGCAGUAGAUGAUCGCAGUACCAUUCCGUAUACUGAAAUUGAGGUGACGCUCUUGCCGUGCUUGAUUGGGUUUCAGUUUGACAAUGUACGUAAACAAUGUACAUGUGAUGACAGCUUAUCUAGAGCAAACAUCUUAUGUGAUGUAAAAAGUGGCUUUGUUAGUACUCCCGGUACUGUUUGGUUUGGACCAAUUAACAAUGAGAAUGAGAACUCAACGAUUGUUUUAACAAAGUGUAAUGAGAACUACUGUAAAGCCGAUAUCGUUACUAUUUCUAACAAUGAUUUCGAUUUUAAAUGUACAACUGGGCUUAAUCGGCGCGGAGUUGGCUGUGGUGCUUGUAUGACUAACCACAGCGCCAUGUUGGGUUCAAAUCAGUGCCAAGAAUGUACCAACUACAGCUUAUUUCUGGUUGUCUUGUUUUUUAUUACUGGGAUUUUGACUGUUGCUGGGAUAACUUUGCUAAGAAUCACUAUCACUGAAGGCUAUCUAAAUGCAGUGCUGUUCUACAGUAAUAUCGUACAUGUGUAUGCGGUGUUUUUCGUUCCAUCAGAACAUGGUACUGGGCCAUUUUUCCUUACAGCUUGGAUUAGUCAAAACUUUGGUAUUCCUGCUUGUUUUUACGAUGGUAUGACCAAUUUAACAGCAAUGGGCCUACACCUGCUCUAUAUUGUGUAUCUAAUCUCCUUGACAGUCUUGCUAUCCCUGAUUCUUAAAUGCAAGCAGCUGCCUUGGAGUGACCAGUUUGCACCAAGUAAAGUUGUGGCUACUCUCUUGGUUAUCUGUUACACUAGCCUUCUGGAAACCUGUGUUGAAAUAAUCUCCUUCACUAGAGUCACAACACUGGAUGGUGAAGUGUACAUAAGAUGGUAUUUUGAUGCAAAUGUAGUGUAUUUCAGUGGCCUCCAUGCAGCGCUCUCUGUUCUGGCAAUUUUGAUUAUUCUACUCUAUAUCAUCCCAUUUCCAUUUCUAAUGAUCUCACCACGUCUCAUUUACAAGGUCCGCUUCUUUAACAAGCUACAACCCCUACUCGAUACAUUUUGGGGUCCUUUCAAACCAAAGUUUAACUGGUGGCUUUCUUUUAGACUUUUUCUUCGGUGGAUACCAAUUUUUGUUGCCUCCUUUGUUCCUGCUCCUACUAAUAUUGUUGUCAUGACUCUCUUGUGUGGUUCCCUACUGUUUGUGCAAUCGCAAGUUAAACCUUUUCGUGGUCAGUGGCAGAAUUUGUUAGACGAAACACUUGUGCUUAAUCUGUUGCUUUUAUUCAGUGGCUAUUUCUUUUUCUCCGAUCAACAAAUUGACAGACGUGAGGUGUACAGUGGCGUUCUUGUCGUGUGUGCCUAUCUACAGUUUGGAGCUGUUUUUAUGCAUCAUAUACUAAGUAGAUUCCCCAAUUGUAAGCCAUUUCUAUCUGAACUGCCUACAAAGCUGAGAAACUUUUCGUUGAAUCGUCCGGCUGAAGUUUCGGACAUGGAAGAAAUAUCGACUGCUCCACCGGUUAUCACGCAUUCUGAGAUAACUAUUUCAAAGGAGCAGAAAGAAGAAGACAAAAGAAAUUUGAUACAAGAAGUGAUUGAGCUUGAGAGUCAGUCUGCAGCUGCAACUGGUUCAUCCCAUGCUAUGGUUAAUCCUAACGCCUCAACGACGAAUUCACUGGCUUCUGAAGAGCAUGGGACAAUGGGGGGUUACAGAGUGUCACUGAGUGAGUCUGAAAAUAGGAACUCAUUUCCACUGAGAUUGAGGCAUUCGUUUGCUGAAGACAGAGAACCUCUGUUAGCUGAUGUGGACAAUGUUUAGUUAGUUAAUGCAAUGUGUACACUUGUUUUUGUGCUAACUUUAUAAGCAUUGUUAUUUUUGUUGCAAUGCACAUGUGCUGUACUUAUAAUUAUGCUGAUUAGUGCG